AUGCCUAAGAGAUCUUUGGAGAAGGAUGAGGAGCAAAGAAUAGUCUCUGCCAGAACUGAAGCUCAAGAUGCCCCCAAGACGGUAGUCGAUCAAGAACCUGAUGUUCAAAUGGAUGAAUACGGAGAUCAGUACAGUGAUGAUUUCGAGAGUGAAGAUGAUAUUGUAGAGCUUGAUGGCAAUGAUGAUGUUGAAGAAGUUGAAGAAGGUGAUGAUAAGGAUUACAUCGAAAGGAAGCAAAAGGAAGCUCAAGAAGCUAUUCAAAGAGAUCAAGAGGAAUCUGCCGAAGGUAAGGAGAUCUAUUUACCACAUAUGUCUCGUCCCUUGGGGCCUGACGAAGUAUUGGAGGCAGACCCAAGUGUUUAUGAGAUGUUGCACAAUGUUAACAUGCCUUGGCCAUGUAUGACAUUAGAUGUCAUACCAGAUACUUUGGGUUCUGAACGUAGAAGUUAUCCACAAUCAUUACUGUUGACGACUGCUACUCAGGCAACUAGGAAGAAGGAUAACGAAUUGAUGGUUUUAAAACUAUCACAGUUAUCCAAGACUCUGGUAAAAGACGAUACAGAGGAAAAUGAUGAAGAUGAUGAGGACGAUGAAGAUGCAGAUUCCGAUCCAAUCAUUGAGAAUGAGAAUAUAGCAUUGAAAGACACUACUAACAGACUUAAAGUUUCUCCAUUUGCUACUCAUGGUCAAGAAGUUUUGACUGCUACAAUGUGUGAAAAUGGUGAAGUUUACGUUUUCGACUUAGGUGCACAAACAAAGGCAUUUGAAACUCCUGGUUACCAGGUGCCUAAAACUUCUAGAAAGGCAAUCCAUACCAUAAGAAAUCAUGGUAAUGUAGAGGGCUAUGGAUUAGAUUGGUCACCUUUGAUCAAAACUGGAGCCCUGUUGACCGGUGAUUGCUCUGGUCAAAUUUUCCUAACGCAACGUCAUACUUCCAAAUGGAUUACCGAUAAACAACCGUUCACAGCAGCAAACAAUCAAUCUGUCGAAGAUAUCCAAUGGUCACCUACGGAAUCCACAGUCUUUGCUACUAGUGGGACUGAUGGAUAUGUCAGAAUCUGGGAUACGCGAUCCAAGAAGCACAAACCAGCUAUUUCUACGAGAGCCUCCAACACAGACGUAAACGUCAUUAGUUGGAACGAAAAACUUGGUUAUCUCUUGGCUAGUGGUGAUGACAACGGUAGUUGGGGAGUUUGGGACUUGAGACAAUUUUCUCCAGCUAAUUCAGAAGGUGUGCAACCAGUGGCUCAAUACGAUUUCCACAGAGGUCCAAUCACAUCAAUCAGUUUCAACCCAUUGGAUGAUUCUGUCGUUGCUGUCGCUUCUGAAGAUAAUACAGUCACUCUAUGGGAUUUAUCUGUGGAAGCAGAUGACGAUGAGAUUCAACAGCAGACCAAGGAGUAUAAAGAAUUACAGAAGAUCCCUCCACAACUACUUUUCGUGCAUUGGCAGAAGGAAGUUAAGGAUGUCAAAUGGCAUAAGCAAAUUCCAGGAUGUCUGGUAUCUACUGGUACCGAUGGUCUCAACGUCUGGAAAACCAUAAGUGUUUGA